AAGUCUGUCCUCCACAUCAAGGAUCACUUCUAAUGCUGUUCUUCUCUGUGAGCAUCAAUCAUUUUCCUCAUCCAUGUGUGUGUGUUGCCGUUCUUUGAUCCUACCUGGUCUCCAUGAGGGUAACCAAGGACACGCUAUCCUCUGGAAGAUGGGCAAUGUAUCAAAAACAACCUUGUUCGUAUCCACUAUCUCCAGGCAGCACGAUGUCCUCAUGGGGUCUCUUUAUUUAGUCUUCUGUGUGCUGUCACUCUUGGGAAAUGGAAUGCUUUUGUUUGUAGCAUACCGUAAGAGGUCAUCUCUGAAGCCAGCAGAGUUUUUCAUUGUGAAUUUGUCUGUGAGUGAUCUAGGAAUGACGCACUCUCUGUUUCCUUUGGCCAUUCCAUCUGCUUUUGCACACAGGUGGUUGUUUGGGGAGAUAGCAUGUCUGUGCUAUGCUAUGUGUGGAGUUUUAUUUGGCCUAUGUAGCCUGACAAACUUGACUGCUUUGUCAUCAGUAUGCUGCCUCAAAGUCUGUUUGCCAAAUUAUGGUAAUAAGUUCUCAUCUAGCCACGCUUGUGUGAUGGUGGUCGCGGUGUGGUGCUAUGCAUUUGUGUUUGCUGUGGGUCCUCUGCUGCACUGGGGAAGUUUUGGUCCAGAACCGUAUGGAACGGCCUGCUGCAUAAACUGGUACACCCCACUCCAUGAUCCCCUUGCCAUGUCUUACAUCAUCAGUCUCUUUAUCUUUUGUUACGUUCUCCCCUGUACCAUCAUCAUCCUCUCUUACACCUUCAUCUUGCUCAGAGUGAAGGGGUCCCGCCAAGCUGUUCAACAACACAUCUCACCACAAACCAAAGUGGCAAACGCACAUACACUUAUCAUCAAGCUCUCUGUGGCUGUAUGUAUUGGCUUCCUUACAGCCUGGAGCCCAUAUGCAGUGGUUGCCAUGUGGGCUGCAUUCAGCGCCGAUGAGCAAGUCCCACCCACUGCCUUUGCGCUGGCAGCGAUUCUGGCCAAAUCAUCCACCAUUUACAACCCUAUGGUAUAUCUACUCUUCAAACCCAACUUUCGGAAAUCACUAAGUCAAGAUACUCAAAACAUCUACCACAGGAUUUGUUUAAGCCAUGGCAAGGGCAGCCCAGGAAUGGUCCUGCAGAUGCAGGACUCUCAGACUUGUAACUAUAAGGAUGCCAGCAACUCCACUCACUUUAUCAGAGGCCAGCCAGAGAGUUAUGGGGCAUGUCUUCAUUAUACAGAGGCAGAACCACACAUUCAGCCAAUCAGCCCUCAGAGAACUGCACGUAUUCUUGAAGGCACCAUCCAGAGUGAAAUUCCAGUAAGACGGAUAAGUGAGAGAAUGCAAAACAACAUCUUGUGAGGCAAGUGUAUUGUAAAGAGAGAGAGAGAGAUUAGAGAUUGAAAUAAAGAAAUAUAAGGAAGAAAGAAAGAAACAGAGGAGACUGGGGCUAGUAGUAACCCUUU